AUGGCACUCAAUUUUCUCUCUUUCUUGCUCAUCUCUCUCACAAUCUUCGGCUUUUCGACCAUUGUCGAGUCCCGAUCUCGUGCAAGAAUGUAUCUUACAUUACAGUGUCGAUCAGCGAUAUAUCCUGAACUAUGCGUUAAAACCCUUUUGCCGUAUGUAGCCAAAACCGGCCUUCCAAGCCCGCAACUAUUGGCUCAUAUUUCACUCGCCACAUGCCUAUCGAAAGCGCGGGUUACAAAGACCUACUUGAAAAUGGUAGCGAAGAAAUUGAACGAAACCAAGAGUUUUGGAGACUCCGAAGCAAUAGAAGAAUGUAUGUAUCGAAUCAAUGAUGGAGUGGACCAAAUAACGCAAUCUUUUAAGGAGUUGCAACGAAUGGGAAAAGAUGGGGACGAGAAUUUCGUGUGGCACGAAAGUAACGUGCAAUCGUGGGUUAGCGCGGCCUUGACGGAUGCGAGCACGUGCAUUGACGGAAUGAUAGGGGAUGGGAUCGGGCGAAGGGAACGGGCAAUGAUUAAAGCGAGGUUUUUGAAUGUGAAACAACUGGCUAGCAAUUCUCUUGCGAUGUUUAGUCAUUUCACGACACGAUAUCGUGCAUCUCGUGGCAUCAAGAAUCCGUAAAUGUAGUGAUUAAAGUGUGUUAUUUCUAAUUAUGUUACAAUUUUUUGUGGUCACUUGGUUGGCUGUUUC